AUGGAUUUCAGCACACCUCUACAGUUCCCUUAUUGGGCUCCCGCGGAUACGAUUCCGGCUCCCCUACCUACCUUCAACGAAAUCGUUUCGACGGGGUCGAUCAUCCGGCGCUCCACGGUCUACCCGGAGCGUUGUCUGGCCCUUCAUCAUCAUGGAGAACAUCCUGGCGCGGAUCUCCACAAGCUCAACCCCGUGUUAUCCAACAGCCAGAGAUCAGGAAUCCUGUCACGCCUCGCUGGUCAGGUGAACGAAUUGCGCCAGCUUGGUGACACAGGGUAUUUUGGUGCCCUCAGUCGGCGGCCUUUCGAAGCGUCGUAUCUGGCAGGUUCCGGCCCUUUCGAUUCACUCAAUGACUUCAUGGACGCUUUCCUCGACAGGCGAGGCUUCAUGGUGGAUGAGCGCAGCCCUCGACCCUUGGUCGAAGGCAGGAACAGGUUUCGGGCUUCGCUUAUUCAGGCUCUUCACGGCAGCGAGCGUCCAGUCUUCACACAUGGAGACAAUCAUACCCGCAACAUCAUGAUUCGUGAGAACGGAACUCCUGUUCUCAUUGACUGGGAGAUGAGCGGUUGGUAUCCCGCGUUCUGGGAGUACUUCCGUAUGGCCUCGCUUCAUCUGGAACAACUGACUUUGUUGUCGUCAUUGCUUGAGGCCCGCUAUCCCCCUGUUUUGCAGCUUCUCGGUGACUUCCACCAAACCUGGGACAGGCUACGUAACGAGCACGGCAAUACUAACAUGUAA